AUUCACUAAGGACUGCAGAUGAGAAUAAAUCAGGGAAGCUGCCAGCCUUAUGCACAGAAGAAUGACUGUGAAAACCAUGGCACUGUGGCUGCUGCUUGUGGGGACACUGGUGCCACAGCUCUACUGUCAGCACUGGUCGUUUGGACUGAGUCCAGGAGGGAAGAGGGAACUGAACAGCCUGAACACACUGGGCAGUAUAGUUGAAGGAUUUCCACAUGUGGACACACCCUGCAGCAUUUUGCGCUGUGCAGAGGAAUUGCCUUUUGCGAGUAUUUACAGAAUGAAAGGAUUUCUUGACGGUGUCACUGACACAGAAAACGGACACAGAACAUACAAAAAAUGAUUAUUGUUUGAUUCUACAAUAAAUUAUGAUAUGAGCA